AUGUCUGCCCGCCCUCAAAACAUCGGCAUCAAGGCCAUUGAGAUUUAUUUUCCCAGCCAGUGCGUCGACCAGGUCGAGCUUGAGAAAUUCGAUGGCGUGAGUACGGGAAAGUACACAAUUGGCUUGGGACAGACGAAGAUGAGCUUCUGUGAUGAUAGAGAAGACAUCUACUCCUUUGCUUUGACCGCAACCUCCAACCUUCUCCGCAAGUACAACAUCGAUACCAACUCUAUUGGACGCCUGGAAGUCGGCACCGAGACCAUCCUGGACAAGUCCAAGUCGUGCAAGUCCGUUCUUAUGCAACUGUUCGGCGACAACACAAAUAUUGAGGGAGUGGACACGGUCAAUGCCUGUUACGGAGGAACCAACGCCGUCUUCAACGCUAUCAACUGGGUCGAAUCGUCAGGCUGGGACGGACGGGAUGCGAUUGUGGUCGCAGGAGACAUCGCCUUGUACGCCAAGUCAGCUGCUCGCCCAACUGGAGGUGCUGGUGCCGUAGCCAUGCUUAUUGGUCCUGAUGCGCCAAUAGCGUUCGAGGCUGGCCUACGAGGAAGCUACAUGCAGCAUGCAUACGAUUUCUAUAAGCCAGACUUGACCAGCGAGUACCCGAUCGUCGACGGUCAUUUCUCCAACAGAUGCUACACCGAAGCCGUAGACUCUUGCUACAAGGCCUACAAUAAGAGAGAGGCCGUUUUGAAGUCCCGAGCCAAUGGAAACAAUGGCAACUCCAACGGAGACGCAGCUGCCGAGUCCUCCAAGACUCCCAUCGACAGAUUUGACUACAUGACCUUCCACGCCCCCAACUGCAAGCUGGUCGCUAAAUCCUACGGCCGCCUCCUCUACAACGACUACCUUCAAGACCCCACCUCCCCCGCCUUCGCUGAAGUCCCCGCUGAGCUCCGCGACAUGGACUAUGUCAAGUCGCUCUCUGACAAAGUCGUCGAGAAGACCUUCAUGGGCCUCACCAAGAAGCGCUUCGCCGAACGCGUCUCCCCCUCCACCGAAGUCCCAACCAUGUGCGGAAACAUGUACUGCGCGUCUGUGUACGGUGGUCUCGUCUCGCUGCUCAGCAACGUCGACAGCGCGGCUCUGCAGGGCAAGAGAGUGGGGAUUUUCAGCUACGGCUCUGGUCUUGCUUCGUCGCUGUUCUCGGUUCGAAUCAACGGCUCGACAGAGAACAUCCAAAAGACGUUGAACUUGAAGGAGAGACUUGCCGCCAGAAUGACAGUUGCCCCCGAGGUUUACGAUUCGAUGUGUGAAUUGCGCAAGAAGGCGCACUUGCAAAAGAGCUACACCCCUACCGGCAGCGCAGACACCAUCGCACCCUCGACGUACUACCUUGUGAACGUCGACGAGAUGUUCCGCCGCAAGUAUGCCGUCAAGGCUUAA